UUAUGUUUACCAGUACCACCGCUCUCUCUCCACUUUGCCCCUUUCGUUUUUUUUUCUUCUGAAUCCUUCAUAUCAAUUGUCGAUUACUCGUCCGCCAUGGAAGAAGGUUCAUCGCGACGUGCCAAACGUCCCUUCGUUGAGGACGAUGACUCCAAUAAAACUCCAGAACAGAAGCGUGUAAGGUUCCCAAAGGGUAAGAAGGUAAAGCAGGCCGAUAACACGAUUGAUGGGCGUGAAGAUAAACCUAGUGGGCGAACAGAUCCUCGCGCUGCUGCCAAAGAGCGUUCGGCACGGCGGAAUCAAAUAACAGCGGAGCUCCUUGAUGAAGAAAACGAAGGUGAAAUAGCUGACAUAUCGCGGGCAGAAGUAGAAUAUGAGGAAAAUGAAACAUUCAUUGAUGAUGGGAUUGCAAUAGAGCCUUUUAAUCUGAAUAAAGAGAGAGAAGAAGGUUAUUUUGAUGCAUCAGGAAACUAUGUUGAAUAUUUAAAUCAAAAUGAGAUAAAGGACGCAUGGCUUGAUAGUGUUGAUACUGAGAAAAGAUAUUCUGGGAAGAAAGCUAUCAAGAUAUCAAAUGAAGAUGAGAUUCAAGACCUUACAUCAGAACAACUAGGAAAGAUGAAGAGGCGAAUUGCUGAUGUGCUCGAACCAGGAGAAACAGUUUUACGAGGUUUAAGGAGAUUGAAAGGUACCUCAAACAAUAACAAGGGCAAAAUGUCUGUAGAAACUAAGCAGCUGUUUGAUCAGCUAAUAGCAGAUGCUAUGAAGCUGAUGGAGAAUGGAGAUUACAAUGUGUAUGAAGAAAAGCAAGAGAGUUUCCAGCGGGAAGCAGAGGGAUAUGAGAAGUUAGCUCAGGCAAGACAGGGUAAAUCCAGUGAAUCGAUGCAGCCUAAGCCUGAUAGUAUCCUCGAUGAAGGUUUCCUCCCCAGUGGGUCAACUGCUACUGCAGGAGGACAUUCUAUGCAUAAUGCAGACAUGGCUUCAUCAAAUUCAUACAACUCAGCUAGCAAGAACGAUGAUGCACUUGACAUGUUUGGUGAAGAUGAUGAAAAUAUUCCAGCUAAUCCUGCCUCUAAUGGAGGUGAUCAGCAUGGCGAUUAUGUCUUCGAUGAGUCCUCUGGUUAUUACUACAGCAGCAGUUUGGGCUACUAUUAUGAUCCAUCAUCUGGACUGUAUUGCCAUGCUUCAUCAGGACAAUGGUACUCAUAUAAUGAUGAAUCGGGUAUAUACCAAGAGGUGCCACAAGCUACAUCCGAUGCCAAUUGAAAGGGACCGAGUUCUUAUACAGGAGGAGUGAUGGGCCUGGUGAUAGUUUGCUUUGACAGAGGUCGACUGCUUUGCUGCAUUUGUCAAACUUACUGAUACUUUUCUUCGACGGCU